AUGACUGCAACAAUGCAGCAAGCAUCGAUAGAUAUUCUAAAAGCGAAUUUAUUCAUAGUUUCAGUUAUCUGUUAUUAUUCUGUAGCAGCUGAGAAGACCCUACAAUUCGAUAAUGUUGUCCUUCAAAAUCUUAAAUCAUCAUCUGAUAUUCGAACGACAACAUCAUUUCUUGAUACUGAAUUAUACAGUGAAUAUCAAUGCGCUAUUGAGUGUGUUAAACAAUAUUCCUGUACAAGUUAUUUCUACAUAUCUCAGACUAAAGUAUGUUCACUUUUCGACAAUGACAACGUACAAGUAAAUGAAAAAGUUAAGGAAUGGCGAGCUCAAUUACCUAGAAAUACAUGCGAUACGAAGAAAUGUAAACCAGGUGCCGUUUGCAUUGAAAAUAAAAAUAUGAACCAAGCAGCAACAUGUGUGUGUUUAAAUGGCAGAUCAACAACUGAAGAUUGCGAUAAAAUUGUCGUGGGAAAGUUUGCAGACUGGAGUGAAUGGAAAAGUUGUAGCGUGACAUGUGGUGAAGGUUAUCGAUCACGAAAACGACAAUGUCUUCAAGAUGGUGUUGAAACUCUCACUCAUAAUUGUAUUGGUAAAGACCUUGAAAUUCAACCGUGUAAUAUCACAACGUGUCCGAUGUAUGGCCCAUGGUCUUCAUGGACUCCUUGUUCAACGUUCUGUGGUAUUGGUUCCAAGCAACGAAAUAGAUCUUGCGUGCCACCAGGAUCCAAUUGUGGAAAUUACACAUCUGAACAACGGGCAUGUGGUGAAGCCAAUUGUCAGAGAGUAGCAGGUAUCAAACAAACUGAGCCAGAAAAAUAUCCACUUAAAGGUUAUUUAUCAAUACGUGAAGGUGAUAUAUUAUGUGUUGGCUCUAUCGAUGCAAAAAUGGCAAAACAUAUGGCAGAUUUGGUAUGUAAAUCAAUUGGUUUACCACGUGGUGCUCAGUAUGCUGUUCUAAAUCAAAUAAAAUAUAAUUCUACAUGUUAUCCUGGAAUAAUUUGUGAUGGUAGUGAAAAUGAUUUUUAUGAGUGCAAAUAUGAUAGAAGUCAAGCUGGAAAAAAUAUUAGUGAAUUAUUUGCUAUUGUUGCGAGAUGUAUUGUUGAUGGCGGUUACUCAGAAUGGACUCCGUGGAGUCCUUGCACUAAAUCAUGUGGUACUGGUUAUCAAAAUCGAAGUCGAACGUGCACAGAUCCACCACCAUCUAUUCCUGAAAUUAGUGAUGAUUCAUCAUUAGCUGGCUACAAUUGCACAGGAGAAUAUUCGCAAUUAAAGCCAUGCAAUACACAAUCAUGCAAAGCUAAGACUUGA